AUGGUAGGAAAUUUAGAGCUAUGUGGAAAGCCUAUGGGUAAUUGUGACGAAGGCUCAAUUCCAAGUAUCCUAGUGAUUGUUAUACUUGCAACAAUGGCAACAAUCGGCAUAGGUAUAGUGGUCUUCAUCAACCACAAGAGGCAACCAUCUUUAUUGACAAAGGCUCCAGUACAGCCAACAAACUUGCAAAAGAAAUCAGGCAUAAAGGAAUCGAACAAAUCAGGGCAAGACUCAACAAACCGCAGUGGAAAUAUCCAGAAAGUUGAGAAUGUGAAGCUGAACUUUGUCAGGGAAGAUAGGGAGAGGUUUGAUACGCAGGAAUUGCUUAAAGCCUCAGCUGAGAUAUUGGGCAGUGGAUCCUUUGGGUCUUCUUACAAGGCUGCCUUGCACAAUGGACAGGUGAUGGUUGUGAAGCGGUUCAAACAAAUGAAUAAUUUGGGGAAAGAGGAGUUUCAAGAGCAUAUGAGCAAGUUAGGGAGGUUGAGACACCCGAAUCUGCUUCCUCUGGUGGCUUACUACUAUAGGAAGGAAGAGAAGCUCUUGGCAUUUGACUGUGCAGAAGGCCAGCUUGGCCGUUCAUCUACAUGGAUUAAAUAUGUAGAGACACAGCAUGCAUGCAAUCUUGGAGAGUCGGAUGGGCAUAGUUCGCAAAAGGAUACCAAUAAGCAUUCAGUCUUGAAGUGGUGCUGCUCAUCACUUCCACCACUCACUAAGUUUUUCCUUGGCUCCUUAAUUCUUGGUGGCUCAAAAUCAGUCGGCAGUUCCUCCUCUGUCUGCAAAUGGCAAAAUCAUUCUAGACCACCUCAAGAGGUAGCACAACCACCAUACAAGCCACCAAAGCAGCAGUUCACUUAUCUGAGAUCUAGUGAGGGGUUGCAGUUUUUCGGGAUCAAGAUUGGAAUUUUCGGUACUGGUGGAAUUGGUAAGACAACUAGUGCAAAAGCGAUGUAUAACCUCAUUGCUAAUCAGGUUGAAGAGACUUGUUUCCUAGAAGAUGUUAGAGAAUCUUCAAAACCAGAUAAGGGCAGUCUCAUCCAAUUGCAAGAGAAAAUCCUUUCCGAGAUCCUAAGAUAUUCAAGUAUGAAGGUUGGUCAUGUUGAUUAA